UAUGUAUAUGACGGCCCGUUGGUAGGAAAAUGUCAGCAUCAUUUUGACCAUCAACGACACUCGGUCGACCAUAUAAUGGGUAAUGAUGUUAUUGUCAUUUGAUAACAACACGCCUCCAUCGGGUAAUCGCCCCGUUAUUUACACAAUCAAGUCACUUCAACGCUGGCACCAAACCCACAACGGACAGCAGCGAACUCGGCAGCGAAAGUUUAUUAAAAAUGAUGAUGAAGUGGACCUUGAGAGUGAUGUCCCCUUGCUUGUUGCUGGUGGCGCUGUGUUCCUCACUUCCUGUCCGAAGCUCGUUGCGAGAUAAAUCUACAAAGUAUAUGUUGAAGCAGAGGCGCACUGAAGGAGAAAAUCCGCAGGAUCCGCAGGAUGGAUAUAUCCCACUAAUAGCCAUGGCGAUCAAGGGGUUUGACGACAAUCAUGACGAUAUGAUAGACGAGGACGAGUUGGAGAACAUGUUUCUCACGAUGAACUCCAACAUAAAUAUGGAUACAGCACAUUACCUCACGGGAGUAGUAUUUGAUAAGAAGGAAUUCCAGUAUAACGACGGACAGCUCCCGAUCUUAGGUUUGGCGACAUUCUUCAGCCGAAAUGACAUAGGCAUCUUCUGAUGAAUGAAGUCACAUGACCUGGUGGAAAACCAAACGACUAUCGUGAUGAGAGCUAUUUGAGAUUGAUCAAAUGGAUUUCCGAUGAUGUAAAAUGUAACAUUUACAAAUGUGCAAAAUUUGAGCCUUUCAGAGAUGUGUUCUGCUGCAACGUACCUUGAAAUGAAAACAAAUUCUCUCACAG